GAUCGCUCAAUUGAUUAACGGAUGCAGUACGUAGUAGAACCAGUACCACCAGCAGCAGGGCCGAGGCUUCUUCGAAGCGCCUAUUCCGCAGCCGGCUGGAAGUGAGGUUUUGAGGCCAACGGCCAACGAAGGAAUUAGCGGCGCAAGCUACGUUGAAGCGCCCAAACAUCAACUGCUACCCGUUCACAUCAGUUUGUAGCUUCAACCGGCACACUUCGAAGCAGCAGUAAGAUGGCAAGUACCGCCCGCAAAGUUAUUAGUACUGAUAAGUGCCCCAAAUCUUCGGCUCCAUAUAGCCAGGCGAUAGUGGCUGGCAAUACGGUGUACUGUUCCGGGAUUAUGGGCGUGGAACUUGAUUCACUCGAAUUUGCCGUCGGAGGUGCCGGACCACAAGCAGCCAAGGCUCUGCAAAAUUUAAGAGUUUUGUUGGAAGAGUCCGGUUCAAGCUUAUCGAAAGUCGUCAAAACAACCGUUCUGCUGGCAGAUAUGAACGAUUACAACGUCGUAAAUGACGAAUACAGGAAAGUUUUCGCCGACAGCUUUCCGGCUCGGUCGUGUUAUGCUGUGAACAAACUACCCCGAGGAGCUGCAGUGGAAAUUGAAGCCAUCGCGUUGAUUGGAGAUGUGAUUCAUACGACAACAAAGCUGAGUUCUAAAAUGUAGCUAUUGGAAGAAUGUCGGAGUUGUUUUGCAAGAAACAUCAUUUGAUUGUGAGAAAUAAGGUUGAUUAUAUUCAUUCCCAUGUUCAACAGUACCAGACAAGAUAUGACAAAACUCACCAAUGUGUACCCAGUAAAACAAUUGAAUAUAACAAAAUAAUAAUAAUAGCUUCAACUAUGCCGAAAACAA